AUGAAGGGUUCUGUAGGAGCUUCUAUCUCUGUAAUCAAUUUGUUGGAAGUUGUCAAUUCAAGCACUAGCAUUUCUGGUGCAACACCAGCAACCUCUGAUUAUUUUGAUACCUUGUGCCAACAAUCCUUCCCUUGUCCAUUGGUUUUUGGAAAUGUUGAUGCUGAAUCAAGCAAAUAUCUGGAGCAAUGGAAUGAAAUGCUUAAAAGUGACGCUGUUAAACUCUGCCAAGAUAACAAUUUCAAUUCGGGUUUCUUUGAGGGAAGUGAUAAUAACAGUGUUUUCGAUGCUUAUGAAUUGAAGGUUAGGCUUGAGCAUGUUCUUGAGAGGAUAGGAUUGAUAUCUGAGGCUGCUAAUACGGACAAGCCAUUUUUAAUAACGGGUAGCUUCUUCAUUGGUGGGGCACUGGCCGCUAGAUCUGCUUAUACACUGCAGCAUUUUGGAAUUACUCAUGAAUUGUGUCUGUGCUCCAAUGAAAUUGGCCAAGCAGAUUCCCAAUACCAUGACCUAUUCGAGUACAAAAACUUUUCCAUAUAUGACAAUGAAGAUUCAAACAUCAGCAGUAUCUUUGAAGAAGUUUGUGAUUUUAUUGAUCACGUUGAACAAAUAGGUGGAAGAAUCUUAGUUCAUUGCUUUGAAGGGAAAAGUAGGAGUGCCACAGUAGUGAUUGCAUACCUGAUGCUUCAGAAGAACUUAAUUAUAUUAGAAGCAUGGAAUUCCUUCAAGCGAGCUCAUCGUCGAGCCCAACCAAAUGAUGGGUUUGCAAGGAUAUUAUUGUAUCUUGAUCGGAAACUGCAUGGAAAGGUUUCAAUGGAUUGGCAUCAACGAAAACCAAUGAUGAAAGUUUGUCCGAUUUGUGGGAAGAAUGCUGGGUUGAGCAGUAGUUCACUCAAGCUUCAUUUGCAGAAAGCACAUAAGAAGCUAUCUUCAGGGAGUGUGGACAGUGCAAUGUCCAUGGAGAUACAAAAAGAUUUGGAUGCACUCAAAAUAAACCGUGGUGGGAGUGUAAGCCCCACACAGAGACAAUCUCAUUCAGUUAUGGAUGUGUAACGGUUGAGCCUGCUUUUCGGUGCAAUGAGAAUACUGACUAGUUUUUCUACUCCUGAAUUUGCUUCUGUCUAUAUGCGGUCAUGUUACUCGGAACCAGAUAUUAGCAACAGCAUUUUUGAGACAGUUUAUCAGCUAUCCUGCUUUGGAAGAUCAAGGCUGGGGAAUCUUGGUUUAUAAAGUUUUUUUUUAGAGUGCAUUCAUGUAUCAUUGGUCAUCGUCUUCUUUCAACAUAAACCAA